ACACAUCGAAGCUGCCAUCGAGAAACUGAGCAAACGACACGACUACCACAUCUGUGUCUAUGACCCACGAGGUGGCAGGGACAACUCCCGACGGCUCACUGGCCACCACGAGACAUCCAACAUCUUUGAGUUCUCUGCUGGCGUGGGGUGGAACCGAGGUGCCAGCAUCCGCAUCCCACGCCAGGUUGGCCAAGAUGGCUAUGGUUACUUUGAAGAUCGACGGCCAGCAGCCAACUGUGACCCCUACGCGGUCACCGAGGCCAUCAUGAGGACAACGGUGCUCAACGAGACUGGGGUGGAGACCAAGGACUAUGCUGACCACUGA